GCGGUGGGGGAAGUCAAGAUAGGUGGAAGACGCUGGCGUUAGUACGUGUUGAAAAGCGCGUUCGGAGUGGUUUGGUAUUCAAACUCCAGCACCAGUUCAUUCCAUAUAACUCCCACCACUUCCGGCAGGCAGCAAAAUGGGACAAUUUGUUUUACAAUGAAAACUGCCAGUGAAAACGAAAUAAACGUUAAAAACCUACCUAUUUAAACUUCCUACUCGUCCUUUACCUACCUUAAAACCACCCCCAAACCCCACUUUGUCACUUUGGCACCACCCACUCUCCAACCUAUAUCUUCACCACCCACCACCUCCCACCUUCCACUACACGUGUUCAAACACAAAAGCCUCACAGAACACCAGCAACAGCAACAACGAUAUCAGCAACAACACCAACAACACCAACAACGAUAUCAACAAUAACACCAACAACAACAACAACGACAACAACAUGAGCAGCAGCCCGGCGUCCCCGCACCUCGAGCCCGUCGCCAAGCCGCGCUCCUCGUUCUGGAACGAGGAGAAGCGCGCGCUCGACGAGGUCCGCACCACGGCGGACCUACCCGUCACCGUCGAUGUGGCCAUCAUCGGCGGCGGCUACUCGGGCGUCUCGAUGGCCUACCACCUGCUGGAGCAUGAGCUGGCUCCAGACAACGUCCUCGUCCUCGAGGCGCGUCAGAUCAGCUCUGGCGCCACUGGCCGCAAUGGCGGCCAUAUCAAGCCCGAGAUGUACUACAGUCUCGCCAAGUACGCCAAGGCGUACGGCAUGGAGGCCGCGGCCGAGCUGAGCGCCUUCGAGGUCGCUCACGUGUACGCCCUCAAGGAGCUCAUCGAGAAGGAGGGCAUCGAUUGCGACUUCCAGCUCACCCGCGCCAUCGACGUCUUCCUUGACGCGGGCCACUUCGCCAAGACCGAGGCCGCAUUCCACGAGCUGGUCGAGGCCGGGCUCGCCACCCUGCGCGACGUCGCCGUGGUCGGCAAGCAGCAUGCCGAGUGGAUCUCGGGUUUCAAGGACGCCAAGGGCGCCUUCACCUUCACGGCCGCCAGCGUCUGGCCGCUUAAGCUGGUGCAGGGCAUCCUGCAGAGCAUCAUCGACAAGCACGGCGACAGGAUCAACGUGCAGACCAGCACUCCCGUGCAGUCCGUGUCGCAGGAGCGGGACAAGCACGGCAUGUGGACAGUCUGCACAUCGCGCGGUGAGGUGCGCGCCCGGCGCGUCGUCUAUGCCACCAACGCCUACACCGCCGGCGUCCUGCCCGAGUACAAGGACCGCAUCGUUCCCGUACGCGGCAUGUGCAGCCGCAUCCUGCCCGGCAUGGAGGUGGUGCCGCCGCACAUCAACAACACCAUGGCGAUCCGCUUCAACGAGCGCCACUACGACUACCUGGUCCCGCGCCCGGACGGCAGCAUCAUCGUCGGAGGCGGCGGCAGCACCUUCUGGCACAGCCAGGAGGCCUGGUUCGGAAACCACGACGACGGCGAGAUCGUCGGGCUGGCCAAGAACUACUUCAACGAUUACAUGCAGCGUCACUUCUACGGCUGGGAUAACACCUUUGCCUACCCAGAUAAUGUCUGGACUGGAAUCAUGGGCUACAGCGCCGACUGGAUGCCGCACGUCGGCCUCGUCCCCAAAAAGCCGGGACAGUACAUCAUCGCCGGCUUCACCGGCCACGGCAUGCCGCAGAUCUUCCUGUCGGCCAAGGGCCUGGCCGGCAUGGUGCUGGCGUGCGACGCCUUCGCCGACACAGGCAUCCCGAGGCUCUUCGAGGCGACCGAGGAGCGCAUGCUGAGCAAGGAGAGUCCCCUCAGGGACUACUAUCAGACCUUCUGGGCCAGCAAAGACCUGCCCAUCCGCGGCAAGAACAGCACGGCCUGAGCGUGGGCCGGGCAAACUUUGCCAAAGUUCAUGGGAUUUUGAUCGGUCGCGUUAGAGGAGGGUCAUUGGCAGGACAGGAUGGCCUAGAAGAUCAAGCCUUCUCGUUUGUAAAGUUAUUUGAUGUGGGCCUGCAGGCCUAGUGAUGCCGCAGAGACACAAGGUAUUUACAGGAAACCAAAGAGAAUUGGUACAGUACAGGUGGUUUGACAAGCCCAGGAAAAGGGUAUUAAGGGAAACAGGGGGGAAGAAAUGGGGGAUGCCAAAGCUGGCCAGGACUUUUUUUCCCUGUCGACGCGCGAGGAAAAAAGUCUGUAUCUGGACCAGACAGCUCCGCCGGGAAUGCAGUGUAUCUUCCCAGCGGCUGCUUGCCCAUCACCCCAUUCCCUCCCAUCUCCAUAAGCGAGAUGGACGAUCAAAUAAAGAGUCGCAACUCUACAUCCUUCCGCCACCCCGCAAAAAAAAAAAAAAAAAAAAGGG